GAAAGUCUCGAUUGUCCAAGAAGUGAACGCGCGGCGCGUCAAUUAACCACCACGACCAAACGCAAGUUGAUGGCGUUAGUCGCGCGCUCCACUGUUCUUUUUGAUAGCAUUUUUUUUUAAAUUUGCUCGUUUGUUUUUUUUGUUAAUAUGGUUCCUUAUUAAACGGUAAUUAGUGGAUUUUAUUAGUGUUUAGUUUUUUUUUGGUCACUUUUAUUGGAUUUUUUCUUAAUAUUGUUGAAAAAAAAGAUUCCGAUGUAUAAUGGUAUCCAGGAAAAAAAUAUUAUCGAAGUCUCGAGAUGACAUCAACCUGUUAUCUAAUCCAGUUCCUGAAGAUGCCGAAGAUGUGUGGUAUCAAAAAGAAAAAUUAUUUAAGGACCAUAUACAAGAAGUCCUUAAUAAAUGGAACCAAAUAGAUGAUGAAAUAUGGGCCAAGGUAGUAAUUCUGGAAAGGAACAGACGAGUUGCAAAAGCUUAUGCCAGAGCUCCAGUUCUAACCGUUAACGGAUCAGAUGCUGGAUUUGACGGCUUUAGAAUUGGUUUGACUGGCUUCGAAAACCCCCUCAGAGACAAGAAAACCGAAGAGUGUAGACGUCAUAUUGGACACGGAGUUAAGAUAAAGAUGGACGAAGAUGGAAAUAUUUUAAUAAAAAGACUGUCACGUAGCAACGUGUUUAUUCGACGUACCACCUUGGACGAAGAAAGUGCCAUAUCUAGUGAAAUUAUGAAGUUACCCCAAGGGGCUCUGGAACCUAAUAAAGCGUUUACGUUGUUCGAUAUGAAAAAGUUUCAGACAAAUGUGCACAACGAACUAAAACGAGCGUACCCAAAUCGAAGAAGACUGGAAAAUCAGUGCCUUAGCGCAAUCGCAUUUGUAAAAAACGAAACGGAAAUGCUUAAGAAUCCCAUAUGGAUGAUCAUCAUCAAUAUGGUGGCCAUUGACAUGCUCAAAUCUCAAAUUCCAAUUGAUACAGUGGCAAACGUUAAAUCCAGAGUACCAGCGCCCGUUCCUAUAGUCGAUGAAGAUAACUAUUCAGUAUGCACGUCAAAGAAUGGUAGACAAUCCAAUGAAAAUGCUCAAAUCAAUUCAAAUGAUAGUAUAGAAGGCAGCUUAAGUAGUUUGUUAGUUAAUACUCGAGAAAAACAAAUGCACAACUCUCCACCUGAACUACCACCAAGGACUAAAAUGGAGCCAAGCAAUAUUCCACCGGAAGACUACGAUUUAUUUAAGGGUCAGCCACCAUCAAGCUCUAUUAGAAGAAUCCCUUCAACGAAGCAUAAAAAUAAAGUAAAGAAAAUUAAAAAACAACCAGAUGAUCCUUAUUAUUGCGGCAUGCGUGCCCGUAUACCCAACUUUGUGGCAAAACUGACAGGAAAAAAGCACCAUCAACCAAACUGUAACAAGUAUCAACAACAGCAGCAGCAACAGCAGCAACAAUUGCUACAGCAACAACAAGCUCAGCACCUUGCCCAGCAACAUUUGCUGCAGCAGCAGCAGCAGCAACAAAUCUACGGAUAUCAUCAGCAGUACGAGCGCCAGCAUCAAUAUUAUAAUACUUCGGCAAUGGAACAGCAUUUACGACGAGUGUCUCAAGUCAAGCAGCCUAACUUGGUCACUCAACAAGCUUUAUGGAAUGCUAGAAGUUUGGAUAGCGGAUUAGAUACUGCUGGAUCGUCACAGUCUCCAUACAACAACUAUACAAUGUUUUAUAGAUUUCAAGCUCAACCUUCAAGGGGUUAUAUUCCCGUUCCUCCCGGAACGGUUUACAUAGGAGAAUGGGAUUAAAAAAGAUAUAUUAUUUCUAUAUAACUUUCUAGCGAAAAAAAGGAAUCAUUAUUUACUUAUAUGCUGGUAAUGUACUCAUUAUAGAUUAUUUGUUUAGUAUACUUAUGUACUGAUGUAAGUUAUAAGAUUAUCUUACUUUAUUGGACCUAGUUACCCUUAAUUUUGUAUUUUAUUAAGAUCUUACUAUUUUUUAAGUGUUAUAUUGUAUUUAUGUAUAAAGUCUUUCGAAAGGUGCUUAGGUUAAUACACUUUUUGUAUAAAAUGUAACUGUAUAUAAAAAUUAAUAGUUUUGAAUGCAAAUAAAAUAUUUAAUUAUUUA